GUGUAAAUGAGGAUGAGAAAUUGAAAAUUAUUUCUUCAUAUUCUGAGAUGAUGUGAUGAGUUCUUAUGUUUUAAAUCAGGAUGGCCAUGCGUGUGAUUCUAGCACUAACAUUUUUUACUGGGCUGUGCGUUGAGAAUUUGACAGCCAAUCUUGCUCUCAAUGCCAAAGUGAUGCAGUCCUCCUUAGAAAACAAUCAGGGAGAUGCUGAACAUGCUGUAGAUGGAAACAGAAAUGCAGAUUACUGGCAGGGCUCAUGCUCUCACACAAAAGCUGAGUUUAACCCAUGGUGGAGAGCUGACCUUGGAAAGGUCUACAGUAUAAGCAAGGUUUCCAUCACUAAUCGUAGAGACUGUUGCAAAGAGCGGAUCACAGGAGCUCAGAUUCGCAUUGGUAACAGUCUGGAGAACAACGGAAACAACAAUGAGCUGGUUGCAACUGUUUUCUCUGCUUUCGAUGGCACAAAAACAUUUGAGUUUGAGCCUGUUAACGGCCGAUAUGUCAACAUUUUUAUACCCGGGAAUAAUAAAAUUAUUACUCUGUGUGAAGUCGAGGUGUUUGGAGAAGCAGGCAAACCACUGUACAUUUGUGUUCCAAGAAAUCUUGCUCUUGGAGGUCAAGCAGUUCAGUCCUCCACAUACGAUUUUUCUGGAGUUGCUCAAAAUGCUGUCGAUGGUAACCGGCAGUCAAUGUACGCGCUCAGGUCAUGCAGCCAUACUAACGGGGACAGAGAGCCCUGGUGGAGAGUUGACUUGCAGGACGUCUACAGGGUAACCAGGGUUAGCAUUACUAAUCGUGGAGACUGUUGUGGAGAGAGGAUCGUGGGUAUUCAGAUCCGUAUCGGCAACAGCCUGGAGAAUAACGGCAACAAUAAUCAGCUGGCUGCGACUGUUGGGUCCAUCCCACUUGGAAACACAAAAACUUUUAAGUUUAAGCCUGUUAAGGGACGAUACGUCAACAUUAUUGUGCCUGGACGCAAUGAAUUCCUCACUCUGUGUGAAGUUGAGGUUUAUUCAGAUUAAGUGGAACAAGAUGACGAUACACCACAGUCCACUGAUCCUAUGAGCAAAAUGAAUCAAACUACUGUUUUCUGAGCAAUACUAAUAUUGCACAUUUUUCAUUGUUUUUAUUUUACUUUUACACCUUUAUCCUUCCUCCCGGGUUAUUUACACCAUAA